AUGGAUAAGCACAGUAAUGAGUUAAAGGUGGGGAUUCCGGCAAAGGUCCUUAGAUAUUUUCCAAUCAAGGACAGGUUUAGGAGGAUGUUUAGAUCACAAAGGAUGGCUGAAGAUCUGCGUUGGCACUAUACCAAUGCCACUGAAGAUGGUACAAUGCGGCACCCUGUUGAUUCUAUCUCUUGGGCACAAGUGAAUGCUAAAUGGCCAGACUUUGCUGCUGAUCCACGGAAUCUUCGACUUGGGAUUUCUACAGAUGGGAUGAACCCUUUCUCCAUGCAAAGCACCAAUCACAGCACAUGGCCAGUGUUGUUAGUGAACUAUAACACGCCUCCAACCAUGUGUAUGAAGGCUGAGAAUAUAAUGCUGACUUUGUUGAUCCCUGGUCCUACUGCUCCUGGUAACAACAUUGAUGUUUACCUAGCACCACUGAUAGACGAUCUAAAGGAUUUGUGGGCUGAGGGUAUUGAAGUGUAUGACUCAUUUGCGAAGGAGAACUUUAAUCUCAGAGCCUUGCUGCUUUGGAGUAUCAGUGACUAUCCAGCCUUAGGAACACUGUCUGGAUGUAAAGUAAAGGGGAAACAAGCCUGCAAUGUAUGUGGAAAGGAUACACCUGCAAGGUGGCUUAAGUUUAGCCGCAAGUUUGUCUACAUGAGUAACAGAAGGAGACUACCGCCUGGCCAUCGUUACAGAUAUAAAAAAGCUUGGUUUGACAACACUGUGGAGGAAGGGAAUGCUAAUAGGAUACAAACAGGCGCUGAGAUAUAUGAGACACUACAAGCUUUUACGAAUGAUUUUGGUAGACCUCUAGAGAAGGAAAAAAAAAGGAAAAGACUAGAGUUGGAAGAUGAUGAGAGGUUACAAGAAGAAGAGUGUGAAGAAUCAAAUGAACUAUGGCGGUGGAAGAAGAGAUCAAUAUUCUUUGAUCUACCUUACUGGAAGGAGUUGCCUGUUCGUCACAAUAUUGAUGUUAUGCACGUAGAAAAGAAUGUGUCCGAUGCUAUAUUGUCUCUGUUGAUGCAAAGUGCGAAGUCAAAAGAUGGGUUGAAAGCAAGAAAAGACUUAGAAGAUAUUGGAAUCAGAAAGCACUUGCACACAGAGGUGAGGGGAAAGAAAACAUACUUACCUCCUGCUGCCUACUGGUUAUCGAAGAGAGAGAAGACCAUUUUCUGCCAAAGGUUAGCUAAGUUUAGAGGCCCUGAUGGUUAUUGUGGUAAUAUUGCGAAUAGUGUUUCAGUUAACCCUCCAAAUAUUGGUAGUUUAAAGUCGCAUGAUCAUCAUGUCUUAGUACAGAACUUGUUACCAGCUGCAUUAAGAGGGUUGUUACAUAGGGGUCCUAGGAUAGCCAUAAAUAGAUUAUGCAGUUACUUCAACAGGUUGUGUCAGCGCAUCAUUGACCCAGAGAAACUUAUAUCCAUGGAGACAGAGUUUGUGGAGACAAUGUGUCAGCUGGAGCGCUUCUUCCCUCCAGCCCUUUUUGAUAUCAUGUUUCACCUUCCACUACAUUUAUCAAGAGAGGCACGGUUGGGAGGACCAGUUCACUUCCGAUGGAUGUAUCCCUUCGAAAGGUACAUGAAAACACUAAAGGCUUUUGUUAAGAAUUAUGCAAGGCCAGAAGCAUGUAUGGCUGAGGCGUAUUUAGCUGGAGAAUGUGUUGCAUUUUGUUUAGAGUUCCUUAAAGAAUCAGUACCAGUUCAAGAAGCAGUUAAUCGUAAUGAAGAUGUUGAGGCUGAUAGAAUGGUGGUUGAAGGCCGACCUCUGCAGAAGGGUAUAGAGGUUACCCUGUCAGAUAAAGAUAGAGACAUUGCACAUCGAUAUGUGCUAAUGAACAUGGCAUCUUUGGAUCCCUUUCUUGAGUAA